AUAAAUGUGACCGAAGAUAAGUUUGAUUGUUCAGACAAACAUACAUUCAAAACUCUCUUCUCUGCGAAGGUAACUGCACGGCGGUGAACAGAGUAGUAAGAUGAAUAGCAGCAGCUCCGUUUCUAUGCAAAUAUUCAUAGACAUCAUGUUUGAAAACAAGAGGUUCCCUCUGAUGGUUAAGAGUUCAGACACGAUACUUGACGUGAAGAAGAAGAUUCAGGACAAGGAAGGGAUCCCAGUGCACGGAUAUGACUUGUUCUUUGACAAUGAGGCGCUAUGUUCCAACCGCCACACCCUUGCCAACUACAACAUCCAAGAUAAUUCAACUAUUGACCUCGUUGUCCGUAUCAUGGCGGAUUAGAUCACCACCUCAUCUUGCUGCCGCCAUAGGCGACACUAUAAAUGAAAUCAAACAUUUUAACAGUACUUUUGUUCUGUCUUGAGCUGUAUGAUGAUUUCUUUUACUUGGGAUGAUUUUCAGCAUUUAAAUAAACAUAUUUACUUUUUAA